AUUCAUGCUGCUUUGGCCCUAAUACUCUUCCGUACUCAUGAAAAUGCUUGGAUUGGAUGAGCUUCAUAAAUACUCAGUGUCGCUCCUUCCUUCUGUUCCAGGAUCUGUCCGGCUCCAUUGAUGACCUCCCCACAGGGACGGAGGCCGGUCUGGGCUCAGCCGUCAGCGCCGGUGGCUCGUCCUCCAGCAGCAGCAGCAGCAGCCAGGGGGAGCAGGGAGCCGCUAGUAACCAGGGACAGUCACCUUUCUCCCCGCACGCCUCCCCACACCUCCCCAGCCAGAGGAGCGGGCCCUCUCCCUCACCUGUUGGCUCGCCCGCAGGCUCCACCCUGUCCCAGCAGUCCCGGUCUGGUUCUGGACCCAUCUCUCCUGCCAGUGGCCCCUCUGCCAACUCCACCACCGCCGCACCAGGCUCCACUGUGGCCACACAGAACACUGGAAACGGACCGGAUGGAGGCCACCCACCAAACACCCGCUCACCUAUGGCUCAGGACAGAGGAUUCAUGUCCGGCAUGCAGAGGAACCAGACCGCCUCCCAGUUUGCGUCACCUCAGUCCGGACCCUCCAUGUCCCCACACCCUUCACCCGGGGCCCCGUUGUAUCCUGGAAUGGUUCCCUACUCCCAAAGCGGUCCCACGGGCGCCUAUGGACCACAAGGAUCACAGUAUGGACAUCAAGGGAACUACCCUCGGCCCUCCAACUACAAUAGCACGGCCAGUGCCAGCUACAGCGGCCCGGGCGUGACCAACAGCCUUGGAAUGAACGCAAGCAGCCCGAUGCAUGGCCAAGGUCCCGGCCAGCCCGUACCUGUGGGUCGUAGCCCAGGCCCAGGCAGUCAAAACAGGGUGUAUCCGCCCAUGGCUCCCAGCUCUCCCAGCAUGCCUCAGCCAGCUGGGCCGGGCAUGGGCCCGCCUUCUUUGGGUAGUUCUAACCGCAAGGUUCAGGAGGCAGCAGCAGCAGCCGCUGGAAUGCCGGGAUCUGCCAACUCGACACACAACAGAAGGCGGCCUCCAUAUGUCAGGUCCCCAGCACAGACGCAGCCAACACAACCUACCUCCACCCACUGGCCUGCACCUCACCCUGCCUCCAUCUGUCCACAUCCUUCUCCUCCUCCUCCUCCACCCAGACCUCAGCACCCAUCCAUCCUGCCACCCUCACACUCACACCUCCAUAGGCAGAGCAGCUAUCAAGGCUCCCCCAACGUCAGCCAAGCAAGCAACAUGGCCUCCACUGUCCCCUACAACCAGCCAGCAGCCAACAACGCCUCAGCUUUGGGCAACUCACACGUUCCAGCCUACAGUGCACAGCCUUCAGGAGCUAUAUCGACGUCAGGAGACGGCGUGAUGAGUCCAAACGGGAAGCCAAAAACGGACGUGAAAGAGGAUACAGGCCCCGCCCACGAGCCUCACAAACCAAAGCAACAGGACGGCUACAGCAACAACAACAACAACAACAGUAGCAGUGGCUCCCAACAGUGUGUGUCGCAGCCCACCACGCCAGGUGGUGCCCUGCCCGUGCCCUCGCCGCUCUCGCCCAGCCCCGCCAGCCUGUCGUCCUAUCACGGAGACGACAGCGACAGCAUCAGCAGCCCCCCAUGGCCGCUCAAGACGCCCGCCAGCCCCAAACCCAACCCUAACCCCUCCUCUCUCAGUGGGGAGCGAAUCGCACGCCUUUACGAGCUGGGCGCGGAGCCGGAGAGGCGGAGUUGGGUGGAGCGUUACCUGACCUUCAUGGAAGACAGAGGCACGCCUGUCGCCCAACUGCCCGCCGUGGGCAAGAAGCCGCUCGAUCUGUGGAAGCUCUACAUGGCUGUUCGUGAGAUCGGAGGCCUCGCCAUGGUGAACAAAAACAAGAAGUGGCGUGAGCUGUCCACCAAUCUGAACGUCGGCACGUCGAGCAGCUCCGCCAGCUCCCUCAAGAAGCAGUACAUCCAGUAUCUGUUCGCCUACGAGUGUAAGAUGGAGCGGGGAGAGGAGCCGCCGGCAGACAGCAGCAGCAGCAGCAGCAGUAGCGGCAGCAGCAGCAGCAGCAGCAUGGCUGGAGGGGAGAACAGGAAGCAGGUCAAGAUCCAGCCGCCGUCACCUGUGAAUUCAGGCGGCUCUCUCCAAGGUCCUCAGACGCCACAGUCGUCUGGCAGCAGCUCUGCAGCGGAGGCGGCGGGGGAUCUGAAGCCGCCCACGCCUACUACCACCCCUCUGGGACAGGUCACGCCGCUGCCCCCCAACAGGAGUAGUGUGAGUGUGCAGGACCCCUUCUCUGAGGUGAGUGACCCGGCCUUCCAGAAGCGUGCUCCCUCCCUGCCGCCCACCGCUCCUUACCAGCAGGGCCUCAGCAUGCCUGACAUGAUGAUGAGGAUGCAGUAUGAUGCCAAGGACCCGUUCGCCGGGAUGAGGAAGAUGGCAGGAGCCGAUCCCUACAUGCCGGGCCAAAUGCCCAGUGGUGGCAUGCAGGACAUGUACGGUCGACCCCCAUCUGCACUGAGCAUGAACCAAAGGUCACAGUAUCCGUACGGGCCGGGCUACGACAGGAGGCCGGACCAUGUGAUGGGGAUGGAGGGGAGCAUGGGUCCCCCUGGAAGUCAGAACAACCUGGGCCCUUCCAACAGUGAAGGCAACAUGUACUCUCCCAGCAGAUACCCUUCACAGCAGAGACACGAUGGCUACGGUCAGCAGUAUCCCAGCAUGCCGUAUGGAAUGCAUCCAUCUGGGAUGUACCCGCAGCAGCAGCAGGGCUACAAGCGGCCCAUGGAGGGCAUGUACGGCCCCCCGCCCAAGAGGCACGAGAGCGACAUGUACGCCAUGCAGUACGCCAACCAGCAGCCAGACAUGUACAACCACUACACCGGUGGCUACUCGGGCCCCGAACACAGACCCCUGCAGGGACAUUUUCCCUACCCUUACCCCCGCGACCGCAUGGGCCAUUCUGGACAGAGCCAGCACAGUAUGAUGGGUGGGGGCCCCACAGUGAACCACACCACUGACGGGCCCAACAUGUGGCCGUCCAGGACAGACCUGGGCUACCCCUACCCCAACCGACAGGGGCCGCCGUCUCAGAUGACACCGUACGGCUCGAUCGGCAGAGACGACAUGGACGUGCGGCAGGAGCCGUGGCCCCGUCAGUCGCCCUAUAUGUCGUCGUCGGGUGGGAUGCCUCCUCUGUCGUCACGCCAGCCGUCAUCUUACUCCAACUCCCCGUCCAUGGGCAAUCACCUGCCCAGGGCCCCCAGCCCGGGAGCUUUCCAGCGAUCUCUGGACUCUCGGAUGUCACCCGGCAAAGUGCCGUUCAUGUCCGCCAUGAAGAUGCCUAAGCCUGGGAUGGCGAUGAUGCCCUCGCAGGGCAGCGGACCCCUGGGCCAGUUUCCUCCCAACCUGAGGAGGGAUCUCAACUACCCACAAGGAUCAAUCGAGGCCACCAUGCCCAUGCUGAAGCCUCGGCGCAGGCUAACCUCCAAAGACACUGGAACGCCUGAGGCGUGGCGCGUCAUGAUGUCUCUGAAGUCGGGUCUGCUGGCAGAAAGCACGUGGGCUCUAGACACCAUCAACAUCCUGCUGUAUGACGACAACACCGUGGCCUCCUUUAACCUCUCACAGUUACCUGGAUUCCUCGAGCUUAUCGUGGAAUACUUCCGCCGCUGCCUCAUUGAGAUCUUUGGCAUCCUGGAGGAGUUUGAGGUGGGGACUGUAGCUCAUAAAAGCUUUCUGGAUUCUGCUUCUAACCACGCAGGAGAAGAAGAAGAAGAAGAAGAAGAAAAAGAAGAAGAGCAAAUCUCAGACCAAGAAAAAGACUCUGCUGUUAAACCUGAAUCAGAGUUAGCCCCAGCUGAAGAGACGCAAGUGCAGCGGGUCGAAGUGGUGACGGAUGAAGCUCCGCCUACUGCUGCAGAGACGGCUGUGGUGAACGGUGACAUGGAGGAGGAGGAGGUGGAGGAGGUGAAUGUCAAGAAGGAGGACAAGAACAAAGAAGAAGAGGAGAAAGACAAGAAAGAAGAAGAGAGUGAAAAGGGGGCAGAGAGUAAAACUGAAUCUCUGGAUCAGCCUGUCACAGACCUGGAACCUAAACCUAAACAGGCCAGCAAGUACGAUAAGCUCCCGAUCAAGAUCGUCCACAAAGAGGACCUGGUUGAAGACAUGACAAAGCACUUAGGUUACAUCACUGAGUUCACGAGUGGGCUGCUGCACUGGCAGGCUGGCGGAGGCGACUCCACUGCGCACAUUCAGACACAUUUUGAACCCCGGCUGGCGGCGCCCGCGAGCACGGACGAGAAGAUGAGAAAAGAGAGCAAGCAGGAGAACACGGCGCAGGACGGAGACAAGCAACCACGGAAACAUAUCACCGCGACCAUCGAUGAUGUCCUGUGUGCUCGGGUUGACGCCCUCUCAUACACCCACCCUGCACGCUCCCUGCCGUCCUACCCCUUCAGGGUGCACGCCGAUGGGGAGCCGGACUACAUCACGCUGCUGGAGGACGAGCCGCGCUGCCUGGACGAAGCGCCGCUCUCCACGACGUCCAGCUGGCAGGACUCGCUGUCCAAGCGCUGCCUCUGCAUCUCCAACAUCGUCAGGAGCCUGUCCUUCAUCCCGGGCAACGACUCGGACAUGUCGCGCCACCCCGCCCUGGUCCUCCUGCUGGGCAGGCUGCUCCUGCUGCACCACCAGCACCCAGAGAGGAACCGGUCACAGCCGAGCUACCAGCGGGACGAGCAGCAGGAGCGCGGGCUGUCGAGUAACAAGGAGGAGUGGUGGUGGGAGUGUCUGAGUCUGCUCAGGGAGAACGCCAUGGUCACGCUGGCCAACAUAUCCGGGCAGCUGGACCUCUCCACUUACUCGGACACUAUCUGCCUCCCGGUCCUGGAUGGACUACUCCACUGGAUGGUGUGUCCCUCCGCUGAAGCCCAGGACCCCUUCCCGUCGGCGGCACCUCACUCGCAGCUCACUCCUCAAAGGAUGGUGCUGGAAUGCCUCUGCAAGCUCAGCAUCCAGGACGGAAACGUGGACCUCCUGCUGGCCACGCCACCGUUCAGCCGCCAGGAAAAACUGUUUACAGUCUUGGUCCGCUAUGUGAGUCAGAGGAGCACCCAGGUGUACCGGGAGAUGGCAGUGGCCGUCCUCUCUCACCUGGCGCAGGGCGAUCCCACGGCAGCGCGCGCCAUAGCCAUGCAGAAGGGCAGCGUGGGUAAUUUGGUAGGCUUCUUGGAGGAUGGCGUGAGCAUGGCACAGUACCAGCAGAACCCUCACAGCUUGCUGCACAUGGGGCAUCCGCCCAUGGACCCGCCGAGCAUUAACAUGAUGUGCAGAGCAGCCAAAGGCCUGUUGGCUAUGGCUAAAGUGGGCGAGAACAAGAGGGAGUUUGUGUUGUAUGAGAGCAGAUUAUUAGACAUCUCCAUCUCGUCGGUGCUCAGCGCGGGAGUGGCGGCCAUUAUUUGCCAAGUUCUCUUUCACUUGGGGAAGUUAUGACAGGAGGAGAGGCGGGACAUGCGCGGCAGACGCUGACGUGGACACGAUAUUCCCGUGGUUUGCUAUUUUUUAUUUAUCAAAAUGACAGAAAAUGUUUGUUAUGUUUUGAGUUGGAUUGAGUUUU